AUGCCCAACCCCCUCAUGCAACCGGACAUCGUCUUCCGCCUGAUGGAGUUCGUGGGUGGCGAGCAGUAUAUCUUCUUCGCGGGGGUGUCGCGGACCUGGAGGGACGCGUGGGAGGGACGCCCGACCACCACGCGUGCCUUCACUGCCGACACGGGGGUGCCCCAGCUGUCGCAGAGCUUCAAGUGCGGCCUGGCGCCGCGGAGCACGGUAUGCCGAGACAUCGCUGCCCUCGGAAGGCUUGACCUCCUUGUGUCCGCUCGCGAACAACACGAGUGUCCCUGGGAUGAGGAAACGUGUUCGUGCGCAUCCGAAAACGGACACGCUGACGUGCUUCGAUGGGCCUUCGCGAACGGUUGCCCGUGGGAUGCUGAUACCUGCACUAUGGCUGCUCGGCACGGUCACCUGGGUGUACUCAAGUGGGCCCGCAGCAACGGCUGCGACUGGAACAGCGAAACCUCCAAGCUAGCCGCGGUGGGGGGGCAUAUCGAAGUCAUUCAGUAUCUGCACGAGCAUGGGUGCUCAUUGGAUGCUGACACCUGCUACGGAGCAGCCCGUGCAGGACACCUGAAAAUCUUGAUGUAUUUGCGUGCUCAUGGUUGCGAAUGGUAUCAAUGGACAACUACUGCAGCGGCUGCCAAGGGAUAUCUAAUUUUCUUCUCAUCAAAAUGGAUGCGGCAUGGACGAGGAUGUGAGCUAUUUAGAAGCCCAAGAAGGGUCGCCUAGACUGCAUUGAAUGUGCGCUGGCGAACGGUGUCCCAUUGCAUGCGGAAUGCCUGCAAGCCGCCAGGGAAAGCGACCAUGCUGACAUGGUGAAUUGGUUGGUGGCAAACGGCUGUCCCGAAUCCUAGAGUUACUUGUUUUUACGUUUUGCGCUUCAUUUGAUGUGCUGUGUCGGACCUUGCGAUUGCCUGCCGCCGACCCAAGCUUGAGACGUUGCACGAUUUGCACCGAAUUUGGAGACCCGGCCGGGUUUUGAGACCGAGUACAUUAGGUACAUAGGUGAGGCAAGAGGUGUUCAGCACGAGGGUUCCGCGGUUUGGGGGAUGCAACAUGAAGUUGUCGACCGAAAAAGGAAAUGGGUCCAUCUGCUGUGAUGGCCCUUCCUUUUGCGAGCCCGUUAACACAAAGGAAAGGGCCUCAGAUGAGUGGGAAAGAGCAGCAUGGACAACCAUAAACGAGCCUUGUUUCCUGCGUACCUUGCCACUCGCGCGCUCGGUGAAAGGCUGCUGCGGCAGCCGUAGUCAUCAGUCAAUCGCAAGAACGGGAUCAAAAGAGGACGUUGUUCGACCUUGUAGUUCGCGUAUUGUACAUGUGCGUGCACGUGAAAUCCGUUUGUACCAUAGGGCCCCAUGCAUCUGUCAUGAUUCGCAUGUGCUGCACCAGUCUACCGAACGCUU